CUCGCUAACUCCGUCUCCCUCCCUCUGCAAACAUUGGAUUUAAACCUGCUCAGAAUUCAGCGCAGACCGAGAGCAGCGGCGGCAGCAGCAAGCAGCGAGCGAACCAGCCGCUCGCCUACCGCGGCUCCAAGAUGUACCAUCCUGCCUGCUGGAUCGUCUUCACGGCYACCACUGCCCUGCUCUUCAUCCCAGGAGUGCCCGUGCGCAGCGGAGAUGCCACCUUCCCCAAAGCCAUGGACAACGUGACAGUGCGGCAAGGGGAGAGCGCCACGCUCAGGUGUACUGUGGAUGACCGGGUGACRCGGGUGGCGUGGCUGAACCGCAGCACCAUCCUGUAUGCCGGCAAUGACAAGUGGUCAAUAGACAACCGCGUGGUCAUCCUGUCCAACACCAAGACCCAGUACAGCAUCAAGAUACACAACGUGGACGUGUAYGAUGAGGGCCCCUACACCUGCUCCGUGCAGACAGACAAUCACCCCAAGACUUCACGCGUCCACCUCAUCGUGCAAGUGCCCCCCCAGAUCGUCAACAUCUCGUCAGACAUCACGGUGAACGAGGGCAGCAGYGUGACCCUCAUGUGCCUGGCCUUUGGGAGACCAGAGCCCACCGUCACGUGGCGGCACCUCUCCGGGAAAGGGCAGGGCUUUGUGAGUGAGGACGAGUACCUGGAGAUCACAGGCAUCACACGGGACCAGUCCGGCGAGUACGAGUGCAGCGCCGUCAACGACGUGGCCGUCCCGGACGUGCGGAAAGUCAAAGUCACCGUCAACUAYCCRCCCUACAUCUCCAACGCCAAGAACACGGGCGCCUCGGUGGGCCAGAAGGGCAUCCUGCAGUGCGAGGCCUCGGCCGUCCCCGUGGCGGAGUUCCAGUGGUUCAAGGAGGACACCAGGUUAGCAAACGGGCUGGAGGGCGUGCGGAUCGAGAGCAAGGGCCGCCUGUCCACGCUGACCUUCUUCAACGUCUCGGAGAAGGACUACGGCAACUACACGUGCGUGGCCACGAACAAGCUGGGCAACACCAACGCCAGCAUCAUCCUCUAUGGGCCCGGCGCGGUGCACGACGGCGUCAACGCGGCGUCCCGGGUGGCUGCCGGCUUCUGCCUCUGGGCCACCCUCCUCGCUCGCCUCCUCCUCGACUUUUGAUAAGGGAGCGGAGGGUCCCGGGAGGCCUCGCCGCACCUCUCCCCCGCCGCGGGCUCGGCCGCCGCGCCGCCCGGGGACUCCUCUCCGUCGGACGGGCGAUGCACCGGAGGACGGGCGGCGGUGCCGAGCGUCCGAGGAUGGCCCCGUCUCCCACGUGCCGGGAUCGUUCUCGCCGCCGGUUACGCUGUACAGACCCCACCACGUGCCACCAGACUGUCACCCGCCACCAUCGCCCCGGGGAUGUGGCCCGGCACGGACGGUGCUCCCCGUGGCUGCCUCAUCUCCAGYGCCGGGGGCACGGAGCCGUCGGGGCGGGUGCCGCCCAGAGCCUUCACCGGGAUGUCCGUCUCGUYGUCUCACUAAGCCGCCUAUGCCCAAAAAGACCCCAAGGUUGAAGCCUCCUGGCUCUGCCUUCAGCCCUCUUGGUCCUGAAUGUCAGUUCUCGUCGCCAAAGCUCCUCCCUAAGCACCCCGAUGUCACCAGUCCCCCAUCACCUGCCUCUGCUCCCGACAGGACGCUCGCCGGCCCUUUCACCGAGGGUCACUCGACACAACCACUUGUCCUUCAAGGGUCACGCACUUCCCACUACUCUUUAUUCCAGCUGACAUCGUACCCCUGCGCUUASCCCCUCACCUUCUGGAGGACACGAGGCUGCUGUCCCAGGAAUGCGAGCCCUGGGGACUGCCACCAGCCCUCGAAGGGACUGGAGCCUUCUUGCUGCAUCGGACAGCCAGGCCCUCACUCCUUGCUCUGGAUCCCUGCCCACUCUGCUGCUGUCCCCCUGAUGGCAGGAGCUGCCCCGUGGCUCUCACUUGAUGCUCUGCCAGCACUUUUUGGGAGAGUUUUCUCUGGGCUUGUUUUCCAAAACCUCUCCAACCUGCACAUCAAAAGCACAGCAUCACCAGCACGGGGCAGAGGCUCUGAAUGACCGAGCRAAACACCAGCUGACAAGGCGCUUUYRCUACGGCUCUGAUGCUCAUGACCGGCUGUGUCUCUGCCCCUCUGAGGGCCCUGAGCUGCAGUGUCCUCAYUCUGCCUUGUCUCAUGCCCAUCACGUGCCCCUGCCUGAGGAAAACUCUGAUGUGUCUGACCCUGUGGAGGAGGCCUGGGCUCUGCCUMUUUGCUGUGCUGGCACAGCAGGGACGAGGAUGGCUCCAAAGCUCCCUGCUGUGACACCAAAACAGACGCACCCAGAUUCUGCCCUCUGCUUCUUCCAGCCUCCCUGGGAGCUGCCACCCACAGUAGCGAUGGCUGUGUCAUCUCCCUGCAUUUGGAAUUGUGUCCCUGAUGGUAUCCUGCACCAAGGACCCCCUUGCCUGGUACAUUGUGGCAGCCCUGAGCCUUCUUGGCAUCCCUCCACGGCCACUUGGGAAAGCUUUGGGGCCACAGUCUGGGUUUGGACACACUGAUGCUGCUCCUGAAAAGUCACACAGGGCACCAGAGCCACGACAGGGAGACUCGACCACAGCAAGGCACUGAGCAAGCACACAGAGCGUCCCCUGUCCUGACCUGACACCUCCCCGUGCCUUGUCCCUUCCUUCUCCCUCCGUGAGAUGAUUUAAGAACAAGGGCCACGCACAUGCUGUCUUCCCCUCGCAAACUGCUGCUGCCCAAACCUGCUUUCUGUGUCUGCAAGGAAGCUGGGGUGCCAGCCCUCACUCAGCACACAAGAUGGAAAAAAACCACCCCGAGCCAGAGGCCAUGAUGGGCCACCACCCUGUCCUCUAUGCAGCCGUGCCCGUCCUCAUCCCUGCUCUCAAUGGGCUGCCCAGGACCUGCUACAAAAUCUCAAUGGAUGUUCCUGCCCCCCAUUCUGGAUGUUCAACAUGUACCGUGGCUGAUUAAAUCACGCUGAGCCCCAGGCGGGGCUGCCCCAGGGCUGGCCUGAGGCGCUGGCUUACCUGGUGGACGGGGAUCCGGCACUGACUGGGUGAGUCCGCGUCCUGCGGUCCCUGCGGUGCUGCUCUGCUUCUCCACUGGCACCCCAGAAAGGUGGCACUGUCAGCGAUCUGGGUCCUGUCCCGCCGUGUUUAUUGAGUGGGGAUGGCACUGUCUUCAGCCAGCACGGCAACACGCACAUCCUUCCCCACACGCCAGCUCCGAAAGUACCGUGGGUGCAGGAAACACCUCGUCCUGCUGCCUUCACUGGUCCGCACUGCCCCACAGCAGCCCCCCGCUGCCACCCCACGCCCUUCCCUUGGCCAGCCCCAAAUUUCUCUGUCCCCACAGCAGAAAUGCUGCAGAAUCACAGGGCCAGAGGCCGUGGCAUAUCAGAGUGGCGGCGACGAGACGCCACGACGCACACUGAGGCUGGCGGACCUGGCGCCAGGGCUGCCCCCAUCCCAUGCUCCUCCCUGGGUCGGGUGGGCUCCCCUGUCCUCUGCUGGGACGGUAUUCGACUUUCUCGUGCCAUGUAACGUGCCAUUGUGAGGAACGUGUUGGCUGUCCGAGGCCGGCCCCGCCGCGGCUCUGCCGGGUGGCAGACCCCUUAGUGACCACUGCUCUCCACGUUUGGAUGCCCAGGGGGGUGGCCRGGCACCCAGGGCGGGGGCAGUGUGGCUCUGGGGUCUCUCCUGCUGAUGGCUGUGAUGGCCGGUCUUGAGUUUCUGUCGAUCAUUGUAUUCCAAGGGUGGCUAUACUACCUGAGAUUUGUGCAUGUUACAUUGUAGUUGUAACCUUUUCUAAUUCGGCAAGAAUAAGAGAUGGUUGUGAUUGUGCAGUGUAUCAAUAAAGUUUGACGAACUUUGUACCUUCGGGGCUUUGCUUCACGGGCCCCGCGCACCCCAGGGAAGGGAUGCAGUGCUGAGCACCGGCUGAGGUGAGCUGAGCUGGGAGGGCUCCCGAGUGCCUGGCGCCUCUACCACUCCUGUGGUCUCACCCAGCACUUGGUUGGACCCUCUUUUGAUCAUCCCCUGCGAUGGUGAUGCUUCAAGCCCCCCAGCUGGGGUCCUGCUGCUGUUUGGGCCAUCCCUCACCCCAUCCAUGCAUCUCCCCUGGGAACCCACCAGUGAGUCCCGGGCUCUGUUCACCGCUGUGCGCUGAUGAGCCGUGAGCACGUACCCAUUGAUGGAGUCCCUGCAGGGUAAGGACUGUCUGUGCUCUCAUCACUCACCUAAUUUCAGUGGACACAGUGUGAAUGRGGGCCUCUUCUCCAUGACUGAGCCRUUCCCAGCAUCUUCUCCAUCGUCUUGCAGCCACGUUCAYUCUGACACCUAAACCUACCCCCAUGAAGGGAUGCCUCUGCAGACAAAGUGCUCCCAAGGUUUGCCUCCUACUGCCAUCUGGCAGCGUGUGACACAGAGCAAAUGUCUUCAUCAAGGGACAAACAACUCAAGGACCAGGAGCAAAAGAGCCUUGGCAUCUCCCUGACAUGGCUGUAAUCUCACAGCAGGCUGUGCCCUCUGCUCCCAGGGGAUGCCUCGCCUUUCCACACCAUCAACCAGGAGAAAACAUUCAACAAGCUCCUUUCAUGUGAGACCUGCUGCCAGRAGACUGGGGCCAGUGGGACUGUGCCAGACCCAUCAGAGUCUUGCUCACUUUGAGACCUCCCUUCAUCUUCCCUGACAUGGGAAGGAAAAGCACAGCCCCAAGAGUUUUUCCCUGAAAUCCUCAACAAGCAAACAGCUCCAUCCCAGCACUGCUAUGAGCUGCUGUGACCUCGCACAAGAGGGACACCUCUGCUGUCCCCCUCGAGWGACCCCAGCAAAAAGUUCUGCUGGGUUCCUGGUGCUGGACCUGCCUCCACUGGAGUGAAUGCCUACAGAUGCCCAAACGCUCCUGCUCACAGCACAUCCCGAUGGCUCGCCCUGCAUUGUCCCCAGCACAGAGCACGGGGAGGCGAUGCASCCCCUUUCGCUGCCAGCCCAGCCACGGGACACUCUCCAUCUCCCUGUGGCCCUCAACAUCACCCAMCCUGUGCCUAAGGACAAGGACCUCAGCUGCUGCAUCCCCGGGGAGGGAGGGCAUAUUUCAGGCCAUGGCCUCCAACCCUCCGCCAGCACCAAGAGACACCCUUACCUAUGUCAAUAAAUUAUUACAUAAACCCAUCCAUUGAGCUGCCUCUCUCUCUUUAACUUCCUCUUUGUCUGCUACUUUGGCACUCCUUGAUCUGUCACCUUGAAUACCAAAACAUUUACAAUUGCAGAGAGGAGGUGAGGGAGAGAGUCCUGUUACCUCCAUACCUAYACCUGGAUCCUCCCCAUAACCCCCAAUUAUCCAGGCAUUGCGCCUCCUACCAGGUUUGCUCAACUGUGGUUGGCUGGUCCAACCUGGGAGUUCCAAGACCUGCAUAAACACCAACACCAUCAUCUCUGCCAUCCUGACCCUGCUGCCGGCGCCCAGCUGUCCAGUCCCCACACCCUCAAUGCCCUGUCCCUUACCUARGAUGUGCCAUAAAGCCUGAGCAUGAUUCUUCCCUUACCCUGCAUCGGUAUCACUUGGACACUGCAUGUCACACCUCAAGGCAACGCCUUCCCACCCCUUUUCUCCAUGCUUAUCUCUUGGAUUAUAUUGUAGGGUCAAGAAACAAAAAAAAAAAGCUCACACAAAACUGUCACGUCAUCAGUAGCAACCAGCUUCUGAUCCUGCAAAUGUGCCAGGUGACAUGAAGAAACCAGCACCCCAGAGGCUGCAGCUGAGCCUGAGGACCAAACCAAGGAGCAAGCAACCUUCCAGCAUCACAAAAACCAAGACACCAACCAAGACAAGGCUCCACAGACAGAAGGAUGCACCUACACUGGAUCUCCAUCCUGCUGUGCUCUGCCUGCACACCCCACUGCAUGGAGGCCCUAUCCUCCACACCCACCUCACAUCACUCUGUUUCUCCCGUGUGGGAUUCRCUUCAGCUGCUCCAAGAUCAUCUCCUGCAAUGCUGUGCAGCUGGGGCAGAGAGUCACACUGUGAGCUUAGGGGCACCCAGUGGGUUCCUGAGCAGGGGAAUAGGGCACAGCUGUGCCUCUCACCUUCUUCAUCUACUCACCAAAGCCUUACCUGGGRCAGCAUUCCUGCUGGGCUCAGGAAUGAGGUCCAGGUGCCAUCUUCCCAAUGCUCUCCUGGCCCAYUGCAAUGAUUCCUUGUCCCCAUCUGCCAUCCCCGCUCCAGCAUCCCUCCCCACGUCCCUCCCCGUUCCCAGCGGCGCAAGGGGAGAACGCGGGGGUGGCCCUGGCCCCCGCGGCAAUGAGCACCACAACCAGACGGAGCGGCCACAUGGAACAAUCGUUUUAAUGGAUAGGCAGAGAGAGCCCCCUCGCCGCCCGCCUGCCCGCGCCCGGGCCCCCCGCGUGCCCCCCACCGCUGGCCGCAGGGAAGGAAAGGAAAUCGAAGGAGGAAAACCAAUCGCAGGAGAAACACCCCCCCGAAACACACGGCGAGGCAACGGGUCCCACGCCUCAGCAGGGGCCGGUUGCUUCGCCUUUUGUUAUUUAUUUUGUUGGGUUUUUAUAUAUAUAUAUAUAUAUAUAUAUAUACACACACACACGCACACACACACACAUAUACAUACACAUAUAUAUAUAUAUAUAUAAAAAUAUAUAAAACUGAGCUAUAUAGAUCUCCCUCUGUCCCUUGGCUCGCUUCAUUCCACCACAAAGGGGCCGGGGCCACGCAGCAAAAAGCGACGGAGAGGGGCCCCGGUCCCCUGUGACCCUUUGUCCCCGGUGACCCGAGGGUGGAAAGGCGAGGGGGGGUUCAGGGACGUGUGGACCGAGACGCUCGUCUCGUUGAGAACCGAUACACACCUAACUCCAUAUACAGCAUGCAGUAAUGGCAGCGGAAGGACCCUGCUGGGAACCGUGGCUAGAACUCUAACAAAAAAAAAUUAUAUAUAUAUAUAUGUAUAUUUAUAUAUACUGUAUAUAUAUAUCCCAUAAAAAGAUUCAGUGUCUCCCUCCACCUCAACGCACGGCGAGUGUUGCCUGUGCCCUUGGCAGGAACUGUCCGGAUGACCGCUUUUGGGCCGGUUUUAGGGGGGUUCAGCACAGGACUCCUCCUCUUCGCCGGGCUCACAAACCUUCUUGGCUGGUCACCUCCUCGGCAAACAAACUUCUCUCCGCUUGCUCCCCCUCUCCUGGAUUGGUUUCUUUUUUCCUCUUUUUUUUUUCUUCUUUUUUCCCCUUUUUUUUUUUUUUUUUUUUUUUUUUUUUUUUUUUUUUUUUUUUUUUUUUUUUUUUUUUUUUUUA